UUUAAUCGUUUCCGGCGAUUAAAGUUCAACAAGAACGUCACUUGUUUUGAGCAUCAAUUAGAUCAGCGAUUAUUCGUUUCUCACGCCUCCAUUUCAAUUCUAGAUCCUACGUAAGGUACCAUUUAUUCUAUUUCGAAAAACGUGCAAAUUAGUUCGGAUUAAUUAAAUUACUUCAAUCUACCUCGGUUGGUUUCCGGUAUUGUUAUACUGGUUAUCCUGUAUCGAUAGCAUUUCAUCAGUGUGGGUGACGACUGGUCACGGCUGUGGCUCUUAUCAGAAAGGUUAUUAAUUGUGUUUAUUUGUGAACUGCCACGAACAAACUACGUUACAUCAAACUUUUAUUUCAUUAUAAACAUAAUAUAAUUACCAGAUCUGCUCCGUUAAUGGGCUCGAAAACGAAAAAGUUAAUAUAACUUUAAUAACGGAAGCGCGCUUUUAGUCGAGUAAAUAUGUUGGUGAAACUUUUAUCAGUAUGCCUGUUUACGGUCGUCAACUCCCUAGCCGGUCAGGACGUGUCGGGUAAUAGAGUGCUGCUAUCAUCCGUGGCAGACAAAUAUUUCCACCCGAGCCCUAGUUCCAGACCGCCUGACUAUGAUGAAACCACCGGAUGUAAGCAUGAUGAUGAAGAGUGUGUUCUAUCGAUGCGAUGCCCUGCUCAGUCUGAAGGAAGUCCCGGUUUGCAACACUGCACAACAGCUUUCGGGACAAAGGGAGUGUGUUGUCGGUUAGAGCAAAACAAUCUGCUGCGUGUGCGCAGCAAACGUUCACCGGGAUAUGACGACUACGAGCACGUGUCCAUCAAUGCCGUCCGGGAAGGUCACCGAGAGUAUGCGGAAAAAAUGCGCUGUUGGAAACAGAGCGAAAAGGUCGGCAGGUCAGAGAGGAGACUAGUGAACCCGCCUUUCCAUCAGCUGCUGCAACCGGCUCAACCGGAGUCAGAGUCUGAACCGGAUCAGCACGAUGUGUACGAAGAAUUGUUUGCUAGCAGAACAUUUGCCGAAAUGACCAACAUGUCGGUAGAGGAGCGUCAGCUGGAUCGAUUUGUGGGUCUACCGAGGGAACUUCGCAAACGGUGUGCCGCUCCGGUUAACUGUAAUCCUCAUGUACCCUAUCGGUCCUUUGAUGGCACCUGUAACAAUGCACACCCGGAGCGGACCUCGUGGGGUGCAGCCGAACAACCCUUUCAGAAGCUGUUGCCACCGGCAUACGAGGACGGUGUGUGGGCGCCGAGAAUACAUUCCACAACGGGAAGCCUACUGGCCAGUCCUCGCACCAUUUCCGCCACAGUUCUGCACGACAUUGACCGGCCCGAUGCCAACCUGAAUCUGCUUCUGAUGCAGUUUGGUCAAUUUCUCGCUCACGAUUUCUCCAGAAGUUCCAGCAUUAAAAUCGGCAAAGAAGAAAUCGAAUGCUGCUCCCAGGACAAAAGUCACGCGCUCCACGGAGAUCAGGCCCAUUUUGCCUGCCUGCCGAUCGACGUUAGCCCACGGGAUCCAUUCUACGGAAAAUUUGGAGUACGCUGUCUGAACUUUGUUCGUCUUGCGUUAGCCCAAGAUGGACGCUGCCGGCUUGGCUACGCAAAGCAGGUCAACAAGGUUACACACUUCAUCGAUGCGUCUGCGGUGUACGGAUCCAACAGCGAGCUGGCGGCUGCACUACGAACCUUCGAGAAUGGUUUCAUGAGGAAUUCCUUCCCGGCACGUAUCGAGCUGCCACCCUUCAACAGGAAUCCCAGCGUCUGCGAACCUUGGGCGAGGGCUUGCUUCGAGGCGGGAGAUGACCGCUCCAAUCAGAUUAUCUCACUCGUCCAAGUUCAUACGUUGUUCAUCCGUGAGCACAAUCGCAUUGCUGGUAUUUUGGGCCAGGUUAAUCCUCAGUGGAACGAUGAAAAGAUAUACCAAGAAACGAGAAAAAUUGUCAUUGGUGAAUUGCAAAAUAUUGUCUUUAACGAAUAUCUUCCGAUUGUGGUUGGAGCUGGAAAAGCGAGACAGUAUGGUUUGCUGGAUCUGGGCCAUGGUCACACGAACCAGUAUAAUCCAAAUUUGAAACCCACCGUAUUGAGCGAGGUUACCGGAGCUGCCUUUCGUUUCGCUCACUCCACUGUUGAUGGCCAUCUCCACAUCCAACAUCGCCAUUCUCGCGCGGAAAACAUUCCCAUCCACACGGUGUUCAACGAUCCAUCCAGGGUAGUCCACCCCACCAGCUUCGACGACUACAUGUUCUCCCUUGGUAACCAGGCUCAGCAACAGGUGGACGACGCGAUAACUACGGGUCUAGCGGGAAUGCUAUUUGCCGGGCGGGCACCUUUCGGAUCCGACUUGGCAUCGCUGAACAUUCAACGUGGCCGAGAUCAUGCUUUGCGCCCGUACAAUGACUACCGGGCCUGGGCGGGGCUACCAACGAUUCAAAGCUUCCACGAAUUUGGCCCCGUCGGUAGCAGAUUGGCUCAGGUGUAUGCAUCUCCAAACGACGUCGAUCUCUGGGUCGGAGGUCUACUGGAAGAUUCCCAACCGGAUGGACUGGUUGGUGAGACUUUUGCGAAUCUGAUCGCGGAACAAUUUGCCCGUCUCAAGUAUGGCGAUCGGUACUACUUCACCGAAGGUUUGAAGAAUAAUCCCGGUGCUUUCACGCCAUCCCAGCUGGAACAGAUUCAACGGGUUACGAUGGCCAGUUUGAUCUGUGCCAACGUGGAUGAGCAGGUUAAUUUCGAUCAGGCACCGCGGGCCUUCCUACGAUCGGGAUCGCACAAUAUGCCGAUCCCGUGCAAGCAGUAUCACAAUUUGGACUUUGGUGCAUGGAAGGAUUGAUAUUUUAGAUGAUAUUUUUUUCGAGCUAUCAUACUUUUUGGUGUGUAUGUGUAGUUGUGUAUGGAUUUUUUUUUCUUAUAUCUGUGCUCUAAUCAUAUUGUUAACGUUACAAUAAAGUGUGAUAAAUGUA